GGGGAGCGUCUGUGAAGGGGGUGGCGUCGUGCGGCCGAGGGCGCGCAAAUAAGGGGGACCUUGGGGGUCCUGGGUGAGGUCCCCUCUGUCCGACUUUCCGGAGCCCUUUUUGUGUGGGGAGAGGAUAUCAGGACCGCGCCUCUCGCACCGCGCGUCCGGUGGGAAAAUGCUGCUCCUUUCAGGGAAAUGCCAACGUCCCCCCGUGCAGAGAGCUCAUGCUGCGGACGAGAGCGGGGCGCGUGGCCUCUCGGCAGCAUCCCACAAAGCCCAAGGGGGCAGGCACGCACGUUGUCCCUGCUGCAGGGGCCUAGAGUCUCCUAAUGGGCCCCACCCGGGCCCCUGGAGGAUAUUGAGGAGGGGGUCUAAGGGAAGUGGGCUUCACUUUCAACCCCUCUAAAGGCUUUUCUCCUCUGGCAGCCGAAUUACCUUAGCUUUUCUUUUUUUUUUUUUAAUUUAAUUAAUUUAUUUUUUGGCUGUGUUGGGUCGUUGUUUCUGUGCGCGGGCUUUCUCUAGUUGUGGUGAGCAGGGGCUACUCUUCGUCGUGGUGCACGGACUUCACAUUGCGGUGGUCUCUCCUGUUGUGGAGCACUGGCUCUAGGCGUGUGGGCUUCAGUAGUUGUGGCUCACAGGCUCAAGAGCGCAGGCUCAGUAGUUGUGGCGCAUGGGCCCAGUCGCUCCGCGGCAGGUGGGAUCUUCCCGGACCAGGGCUCAAACCCGUGUCCUCCGCGUUGGCAGGCGCAUUCUUAACCACUGUGCCACCAGGGAAGCCCAACAUGCUUAGAUCUUGGUUUGCUUAAAUAGGCCACCACAGCAUUAGAGCCUCAUCAAUCUAAUGGCUUCCUUGUUUAAUUAAUUUAACACAACGCAAUUUUUCUCGUUGUAGAAAAGUCAGUUGUCUGCUAUAUGCAUUGGGGUUCAGUAGAGCCUUUUUUGUUUGUUUGUUUGUUUUUGGUGACAUGUCUGGCUUUGUCCAUCACCAUAUGAUCUUAUUUUCUACUAGGAAGCUUUUCAUACAUUUGAGUCCAAAUGAGGUCACUGAGUGAGCAUCCAUAGAGUCAAGAGUGAGAGAGUUUCCAGGGAAGUACUCUAGGCCUUUUUUAGGUCUGAUCUGCUUCAUGGUUUCUUACUCAUGGUUUUACCUGUCCAUUACAGUUCCACUACCUGAUAAGGAGCCCAAGGCAAAUCAAUCAGGAAAUUCAAGUGUUCUUUUUUGUAAUAUUAAUCUCAGUUGACAUUAAUUAUGCUCAACGUUGUACCAAUUGCUUUUUGUAAUUAUUUAAGCCUCGCAGUAAUUCCAGUGGAUUACAUACUACUGUCUCUAUUAUCAGAUGAUACAGAAAGGUUAAGUAAUCUACACAGUAUCGCACAGUUACUUUGUAGCAAAAGCAGGAUGAGAAUCCGGAAAUGCUAACUCCAAAGGACACACUCUGAGAAGCAGAACACUUGACUGGUGAGAAACCACUAGACUCUUGUCACUUCUCCCCUCUGCAUCAUAAAACGCUGUAGAAGAAAUUAAAAGGUUGCUUUCCUGAUGGGGGCAUCAGUGGAGGUUUACUAGAGGGAGGUAAACUAUCUGCUAUGACGGAAUGACAAGUAAAACGUCUGAAAAAGAGGACGGAAAAGAAAAACCACCUCCCCGGAAAGAUAAAACUUUGUAUGGUGAGAGUCUGUCCCAAGCAAGCUGAGGUCUGCAGCCUCAGCUAUUUUACAUGCUAUUUCCAAAUGAAAAUUGGAGUAACAAGGAUACUUCCCUCUCAUAUGCUUUCAUUUUGAGUAGUUAGGUUCAGAUUCAUUAGAAACAUGUCAAAUAUAUAACAUUAGAAGAAGAAAAAAAGCAGCUUGAAGAAAUAGGGUAUCUUCUGGUGUUGUGAGAUUUGGGACUUCUUUAGUCUUUCAUUAAAGAUGAAAAGAAGGCAGAGGGGUAGUAGGAGAAGAUGAUACAUAGGGUUCUGAACUGAGAAACCUCAGUAUGAACAUGAAUGGGCUAUAUCUGAAUGCCUGUUGAAGCACCAGUGCAGGGUUUUAGCAUCUUGCAUUCGUUCUCCUUUCUGCCCUUCUGAUGGUUGUGGGUUUUGAUCAGGGCCUCAGCACCAGCUCACACCAUGUGGACCGCGGAUGAGAUUGCGCGGCUCUGUUAUGAGCACUAUGGGAGCAUGCUGCCCAAGCAAGGGAAGCCUGAGCCCAACCGCGAGUGGACGUUGCUGGCAGCCGUGGUGAAGAUACAACCUACAGCUGAGCAGGCCUGCGACCGCCCUGACAGACCGGUGCAAGUGACAAAGGAAGUUGUCUCAAUGGGAACAGGAACCAAAUGCAUAGGCCAGUCCAAAAUGAGGAAGAGCGGAGACAUCCUCAAUGAUAGCCAUGCUGAGGUCAUAGCCAGAAGGAGCUUCCAAAGGUACCUUCUCCAUCAGCUCCACUUGGCAGCCACCCUGAAGGAGGAUUCCAUCUUUGUCCCAGGAACUCAGAGAGAACUGUGGAAACUCAGACCAGACCUCUUGUUUGUGUUUUUCUCCAGCCAUACACCCUGUGGGGAUGCCUCCAUCAUUCCAAUGCUUGAGUUUGAAGAUCAGCCUUGCUGUCCUGUCAGUAGAGAUUGGGCCAAUAAUCCAGCAGUAGAAGAUAGUGGUAACCUAGAAGCUCCUGAAGAUAAAAGGAAAUGUGAAGACUCAGAUAGUCCUGUGACCAAAAAGAUGAGGCUUGAGCCCAGGACUCCUGAUGGUAUGGCUCACCAUCAGAGUUUUGGCAACCAGGAAAGUGGCCCUAAUUCACCAGAUGUCAGCAGCUCUAAUCUCACUGCAGAGGAACUAGCCACUGUCACUGGAAUGGCCCCCGGUGGCGCCAAAGUGGUGGACGUUUAUAGAACUGGAGCCAAGUGUGUGCCUGGAGAAGCUGGAGACUCAGGGAAGCCUGGUGCUGCCUAUCACCGGGUGGGGCUGCUCCGAGUGAAGCCAGGCCGGGGGGACAGGACUUGCUCCAUGUCCUGCAGUGACAAGCUGGCACGGUGGAAUGUCCUCGGAUGCCAGGGGGCACUGUUGAUGCACUUCCUAGAAGAGCCCAUCUACCUGUCAGCUGUGGUCAUUGGGAAGUGCCCGUACAGCCAGGAGGCCAUGCAGAGAGCACUGAUUGGGAGGUGUCAGAAUGUCUCAGCUUUACCUGAAGGCUUUGGAGUUCAAGAAGUGAAACUACAGCAGUCAGAUUUACUAUUUGAACAGAGCCGCUGUGCAGUACAGGCAAAAAAGGCUGAGAACCAAGGCCGACUUGUUCCUUGUGGGGCAGCCAUCAGCUGGAGUGCAGUUCCUGAGCAGCCACUGGAUGUCACCGCCAAUGGCUUUCUGCAGGGAACAACAAAGAAAGGAAUCGGACGCCUUCAAGCCAGAUCCCGAAUCAGCAAAGUAGAGCUCUUUAGAUCAUUCCAGAAGCUGCUAAGCAGUAUUUCAGAGGACAAGUGGCCAGACUCCCUCAGGGUGCAGAAGCUAGUGACGUACCAUGAGUACAAGGAGGCCGCAUCCACUUACCAGCAGGCCUGGAGCACACUCCGAAAGCAGGCGUUUGGAUCCUGGAUCAGAAACCCACCGGAUUAUCAACAAUUUAAAUGAGCAAAGUUUACUGGCAGCAGGGUGUUUUCCAUUCAUUCAUUCUGGACUGCCUUCUUCCUACGUGCUGGAUAAGCCUUAGCUUUUCUUGUGGCUGAUCAGGAAAAAAAGACUGCCAUCUACCAGAGUAAAAUAUCUCUUCUGUGUGAGAUGGAUGGAAUUCUGGACAUGGAACAAUCUAUACUUGACUGAAGUAGCUCACUGCUAAAACAGCAUCUUGCUAAUGACCUUGGUAUGUGUCCUGUGUUUUAUUGCUUCUCUAAGAAUAAGAAUUUGGAAUGUGAUGCUUUAAAAGUACUGUGCAAUAGCUCCAUUUUGUCUGUUCCUACAUUGACUUGGCAAGUACUUAUUGGGCUGAGAUGAUGUUUGAAUCUCUGCAAGUUUUAGAGUUUCGCCUGUCAUAGUGGACAUGUAUUUUGUAUAUCCAGUCUUUUUUCCUUUGGAGAACCACCCUUUCCUGCUUUACCCAUGCUUGGAUGAAGUGAACUUUACUCCUUGGCUCCAGGAAUGUGAGCCAGCCCUGAACAGUCCUGGAACUAGUGCCAGAGUGAUCAGGUAAGAUUCUCUCUCCUCUUGUAUCGGGAGCUAUAAACGCCACGUAAUCUUGGGAUUGCCUGUGGCUGCCAUUGCCUACUACAUAGAGAUAGCCAGCUUGAGAACAAAGGCAAUGAAGGAAACAGCUGAGAGAAUCAGAGCUAUCGUGACCUUGUCUGGAUGCCUGAAACUAGUGCCUACUGUGGACUUCAAUUAUGUGAGAUAAAUUCGUAUUGUUUUGAGUAAGCCUGUUUGAGACCGUUUUCCUGUGACUUUCAAUGGAAAGAGUUCUGUCUAAAAGGCCAAAAGUCCCUAUAGUAAUUCAGCAGCAGAGCUAGCAAUCAAUGCUGUUUUUACUAACAACUAAUGUUUAACUUUCAACCUCUUCACACUCUAAUUUAUUGACUAAAAGUGGAAGUUCUCCAUGUUGGGAUUACUCAAGGUCAUUGUUGGUUCUUCAGUAUUUCCUUGUACCUUUAAAUAUUUUAAAUAACAGCUUUAUUGACAUAUAAUUCACAUACCAUAAAAUUCACCCAUUUAAAGUGUACAGUUUGGUGGGUUUUAGUAUAUCCACAAAGGUGUGCAAACAUCACCACGAUCAAUUUUAGAACAUUUUUGUUCUCAUCUGGGGGAGGCGGGGGGAUGCUGUUUGACCCAGUACGGUAUCUAUUAGCAGCCGCUCCUCAUUUCCCCUUAACCCCCUCAGCUCCAGGGCAAACAGUAAUCUACUUUGUGUCUUUAUGGAUUUCUCUGUUUUGAACAUUUCAUAUAAUGGAAUCAUACAAUAUGUGGUCUUUUGUGACUGCCUUCUUUCACUUAACAUGAUGUUUUAAGAUUCAUGAUGUUAUAACGUGAAUUGGUAGCAUGAGUCAGUACUUUAUUCCUUUUUAUGGAAUAAAAAUAAUAUUCAGUUCUAUGGAUAUACCACAUUUUGUUUAUCUAAUCAUCAACUGAUGGACAUUUAGGUUGUUUCCACUUUUUGGCUAUUGUGAAUAGCGCUGCUAUAAUCAUUCAUAUACAAGUUUGCAUGUGAACAUAUGUUCUUAAUUUUUUUUAUUACAGAAGUAAUACGUAAGUUUUUCUUUUUCUUUUUUUUUUAAUUUACCAUUGUAACUUUUUUUUUUUUUGGCUGUGCCUUGCGGCUUGCGGAAUCUUAGUUCCCUGACCAGGGAUUGAACCCAGGCCACGGCAGUGAAAUCACCGAGUCCUAACCACUGGACCACUGGGGAAUUCCCCCAUAAGUUUUUCAUAACAAGUUAUCCUUGAACUUUUUUCUAUAAGGAAUCCUUUUAGAUAGCAGGAAAGAAAGACAAAAACAUCACUACCUGAAGGCCAGACCCCUACCAUAUGCUGCUUUAAUCAGAGAGAUCCUUUUGCCUGACCCCAAAUCCUAUGAUAUGAGAGCAGUUAAGAUACCUCGAUUGGCAGAAGCUUUUUUUUUUUUUUUGCAGUACGUGGGCCUCUCAUUGCUGUGGCCUCUCCCGCUGCGGAGCACAGGCUCCAGACGCGCAGGCCCAGCGGCCAUGGCCCACGGGCGCAGCCGCUCCGCGGCAUGUGGGAUCCUCCCAGACUGGGGCACGAACCCAUGUCCCCUGCAUCGGCAGGUGGACUCUCAACCACUGCGCCACCAGGGAAGCCCUGGCAGAAGCUUUUAUCCACAGAAAAUUAUGCAUCUCUCUCUCUCAUGAGAUUCUUUUUUUUUUUUUUUAAUAUUUUUUUAUUUUGUCUGCACCAGUUCUUAGUUGCAGCAUGUGGGAUCUUCGUUGUGGCAUGCGGACUUCUUAUUUGCAGCAUGCAGACUCUUAGUUGCAGCAUGAGGACUUCUUAGUUGCGGCAUGCGAACUCUUAGUUGCAUCAUGCAUGUGGGAUCUAGUUCCCUGACCAGGGAUCAAAACCAGCCCCCAUGCAUAGGGAGUGCGGAAUCUUACCCACUGGACCACCAGGAAAGUCCCGAGAUUCUAUUUUAAAGGAUAAAGAUUUAUAUGAGAAUGUAAGGAGAUAGUCUUUUUAUUCCUAAAUUUUAUAGUGUUCAUCACAUGUGCACCCAAAAAACUAAAUAUUAAAAACACUCCUGAAUUUAUGCUUCAGAACAGAGACUGGCAAAACCCUGAAAGAUAGAGACCAGAGGCAGCUUCACCUUGGACUCUGCCUGUUUUCUCAAGAGCUAAAA